AUGAGAGAAACGAUCCUCUUGCUCUCUCUGCACAUUUUUAGGUUUGUUUUUUGUGGAGAUUCAGAAGCUCCAGAUACACCAACUUCAGAUGUUACUCUGGAUAUCUCUCUUCCGGAUCCUUCCCUCACCAGAGAAUACAAGAGCAGUUCAGAUGGAGCAGUUUAUUAUUCAUUCUUCCCAAGAGGACCCCUUUUCAGUAAGAUUAUGGAUGGAAAGGAUGAGUUAUGGAAAGCUGAAGGGGAUAGGGAGAAAUGUACAACAGCAUUCUCAAGUCAUAGACCAGGUAUAGCAAUGGCUACAAUCUACGUAUGGUCCGAAAACAUCAGCUCAGAAAUGAGGUAUUACGAAAAGGAAGAUGGAAAUACGUGGAAAUUUGUUAGGAGUCAAAAGGGGAGUAGUCUAGGAACUCCCAUGGGUAUAGCUAAAGCUAUACCACCUUUGGAGCCAACAAAAGUAAUGGAACAUAAGGGGAAGCACCCUGAGGAAUCUGCUACUACGACAAUAAAAUCCUAUCCUUUGGAUAAUUUAGAUGACCAUAAAGAAUCGGAAGAAUUUCAAGAUCCAAAUGAUAAACCUGAGAAUGAAUCAGCAGAGUCUAUGGAUAACCAACGACAAAAUACAGGUUCUGUUGAUCCUUUAGUUCAAAGCUUUUCUGGAAUAGCCAUGCAAGUUUCUGAAGAGGAAAAAGAACCUGAAACACUUAAAAACAAUUAUGCAGAUCAAUCCCUCGAUUUAUCUCCAGAACCUGCUAAACAAACUGUUACUGGUCCUAAUCAAGGGCCUCAAGAGGGAGGUGACAACAGCCGAGCUAGAACUAGAAAUGAUAAAGUGAUUUCUACCAUUACAUCUGACCUUGGAUCAGAUGAAUCUGACUACGAUUAUAAAAAUAAUAAUAAAGAUGAACAUCCAUAUGAUGCCGAUGAUGAAUCUGUUUCACCAACAACUUCUACCACGUCCGACGAAAAUAUUCAUAAACAGAAUAUCCAGAAAGAAAGUGUUACAGCACAGAAAAAGAUGUUGUUUCGACACAGAAGACCCUCUGAGACAAAAUCCGUAGACUCUGGUAUAGAAUCAGAUGCUAGUUACAUUAAAAGCACUCUCAGAGGUACCACUUCUUCCAAUUUAUAA